UCCCCCGCUUGGGAAAGGAUGAUUACUUUAUGAGAGUCGUGUGGUAGCGACAUGGUGACGUCCCAGCGUGACGUCGGAAGCACAUGUGUAUCAACUAUGGAGCAGCAACCUUUACUGUGAUGUCAAGGAGAGUAGGGGUGGUCUGAACCCAGACUGCUUUAAACCUUUCUCCAUUCAUCACUCAUUUUUCAUCGGAUGAACUCUGACCAAGCACGUCGCCUGCAAUCCUUUAUGAUGACCAAAUGGUCAACACUCCACUGACCCUUCACUGAUAAUCCAGGGGCCACAUCACUCUGUGUGCUCCUCCCCACACCUCACGGCAUCAUGGGGGACGUAGUCCAAAUGCACUUCAGCACGGUGGAUUACGUGAUCUUCGUCGUGCUGCUAGUAGCCUCCGCAGGAAUCGGCCUUUACUAUGCCUUCUCAGGGGGUUGUCAGAGGACCACACAGGAGUUCCUGCUGGCCGACCGCAGCAUGCGCUGCCUUCCAGUGUCCCUUUCUCUGCUGGCCACCUUUCAAUCAGCGGUGGCCAUCCUGGGUGCCCCAGCUGAGAUUUACACACAUGGCACGCAGUACUGGUUCCUGGGUUGCUCCUAUUUCCUGGGCCUGCUCAUCCCUGCGCACAUUUUCAUACCAGUUUUCUAUCGGCUCCACCUUAGCAGCACAUAUCAGUAUCUGGAGCUUCGUUUUAGUAAAAGUGUUCGGAUAUGUGGCACUGUGACCUUCAUCUUUCAGAUGGUGAUCUAUAUGGGAGUUGUUCUGUAUGCUCCAGCACUUGCACUUAAUGCAGUAACAGGUUUUGACCUUUGGGGGGCAGUGCUGGCCAUGGGAUUGGUGUGCACACUUUAUACAGCAUUGGGUGGUCUGAAAGCGGUGAUCUGGACAGAUGUGUUCCAAACAAUCGUGAUGUUUGCGGGGCAGCUGGCAGUGAUUAUAGUGGGUACCCAUCAGGCAGGUGGCAUCGCUGAAGUAUGGAAGAAAGCACAAAACGGCAGCCGUAUCUCAGGCCUUGACCUGAACCCUGACCCUUUAGAGAGGCACACAUUCUGGACUCUGGGAGUGGGGGGGGUUUUCCUCAUGCUGGCCCUGUAUGGAGUGAAUCAGGCUCAGGUCCAGAGAUACCUCAGCUCCCGCACAGAAAAAGAGGCCAUCAUGUCCUGUUAUGUGGUGUUCCCAUGCCAGCAGAUCGUGCUCACAAUGGGCUGUUUAAUGGGUCUGGUUAUGUACGCUCGAUAUGGGGAGGAGAGCCCGCUGGAUCAGGGCUACGUCAAAAGUAAUGACCAGAUGGUGCUGUACUUUGUAAUGGAUGUGUUGCAAGAUCUUCCUGGUUUGCCAGGACUUUUUGUCGCCUGCCUGUUUAGUGGAGCUCUUAGCACUAUCUCAUCUGCCUUCAACUCCCUGGCAACAGUUACCAUGGAGGACCUGAUCAAACCUCACGUGUCACCCAUGACAGAGGCCCGUGCCACCUUGUUAUCGAAAAUGUUGGCACUUGGCUAUGGUCUUGUGUGUCUGGCUAUGGCGUACAUCGCCUCUUUAAUGGGUUCUGUGCUGCAGGCAGCACUCAGUAUAUUUGGGAUGGUGGGGGGACCUCUUCUUGGCCUUUUCUGUCUCGGGAUGUUUUUUCCUUGGGCCAAUUCCACUGGUGCUCUGGUUGGGCUGCUAUCAGGGCUGGUCAUGGCUUUCUGGAUCGGUAUCGGCAGCUUUCUUUCACGAAUGUCUGCAUCUGCACCACCUGUGAUAAAUGCCACCGUCAUACCUGAUGUAGGAAACAUGACAACAGCUGUCAUGACGACGCUCAUCACAUCUAAACCAAGGCCUUCUGGAGUUCAGGCUCUGUACUCUUUAUCAUACAUGUGGUACAGUGCUCAUAAUUCUGCCACUGUUGUGGUGGUUGGACUACUGGUCAGCUUUCUCACGGGGCCCUCGAAGGAGAAAGAGUUAAACCCAGGUACGAUUUACCCUGUGCUUGGCAAUUUGCUGUUCUUUCUGCCCCAACGCUACAGGGAGAAACUCUGCUGUGUUACCCCACUGGAUGACAAGCCUAAAGUCAUGGAACUUCAGCCUUACCAGAUGGCCCAGAAAGAGAGCAAUGGCGUUGCCUACACUAAAGAGGAUGACGAGCUCAGGGAAGAGGAAGGAGAACAGAAAACCGCCCAGCCUACUUGUAACCUGGCCCAUACGGUGCAGGAAACAGCCUUGUGAAAUGUCCCACACAGCAACAGUCCUAAAGGGUCUUAGUUUCCCACAGGACGUCAGUUACGAUGCCAAAACAGCGUGCAAAUUCACAAUCUCACUGUUUUCUCCUCUUGAAUUUGGUAAGAAUCUUGAGUCCAUAAGUUGUGGUUUGUAUUGUGGGCCCUUUGCAAUAUUACCCUUUGCACGCUGUGCCCUCAACUGCCAGUGAUGGAGGCGAGGGUUGUCUCAUUUAUAUGUGGUACUUUCUGAUGUCAGUGGUCUAUGUCAUAAAAAUUGUAUUAUGUUCUCUUGAAUGAUUUGAGAUGUAUUGAGCGAUACAAGUGAUCACCUAAACCUUUUAGUUUACAUGACCUAAACUGAAUCUCAAGAAUACUUAGUUGAAUAUUGCUGGUUCGGGAUAUACGUACACGCACAAAUCAAAAGAAAUCAUGCUGAACGUCAGGUUUAUGGAUAGUGUAUCAGCAGAAAGAACUCAGUUUGCACAAAUCUAUAGUCGUAUAAUGUCAGUGCCGUUCGAGUUUUGGUUUUUUUUUCUCCCAAAGAUUUUGUUUUGUCCAAAGUUCACUACAUUAGCCUCACUACAUUGUUCCCUAAACUGAGUUAAAGGUUUACAGUGAAUGAAGAAUUGCUAAGAUUGCAAAUGUAAAUGUAGUAAACUUUUAGCUUGACAUUCAUGAAAAGACCAUCUGACAUGAAGAAGUCUCAUGUUGUGAUAGAUACAGUGAAUCUAAUGCAUGUUGAAUCUCUAGUUCCCUCAUUGAAGCCCAUUGUUUGUGACAAGUGCCUCCUCAUAUGAAUGUAUGACGUAGUUUUGUGACUGGAUCGUUACUUUAGUUUGCCGUUUCUUCGCCUAGCCCAAAUGGUCCUGACCUUGAUAGGACCAUUUUUAAGGAUCUGGACACCUCACUAUUGAAUUCCCAUGAUGCUUUGCAUUGUAAGAGCCUGGCUAACUAUACUUUAGCAUCUCAGAAAAAGUUAAAAAUUUGCCUGUAUUAAAUAUUAUUUUGGUAUGGAUGAUUAUUUACCAAACGGUCAUGUUAGAAAUGUUUUCAUCAUGUAGACAAGUUCUUUAAAUGUUAUAAUAGCUUAUUCAAAUAUUUGAUCUUAGAUAUAGAAGUGAAGAUAUGUGUUAUAGUAUCAAGAUUAACGGCACAGAAUUGAAACCUUAAGUGUGUUACUGACCAUAAUUCUCAGUAUUAGCAUAUGGAUUGAUUUGGUUGCACUUGUUUUCUUGUAAUUUGAUUCGUUUUUUGAUGUUAUAAUGGCAUUUUCUGUGCUUUGCUGUCUAGUCUAAAUUCAUACCUCAGUCUAAGCCAUACCAUUUUUAGUUGCUGUAGGAUUCCUAGGUCCUUGUAUUGUGCCUAUGACUGGAAUGAAAGCUUUCUCUGAACCUGUCACAAUCUCACAAGCACAGGCAGUCGGAUAUAUUUUCAGGUUAUGCACUCUGGGUCAACAGUUUGUUGAAGUCUCUCAUCCAUUGGUGUUUUUUUUUUGGGGGGGGUUCAUUAUUGUGGGUGUAUCAUUUUGGUCUGGUGGCAGGUUUCAGUUUAACAUUUGUCUCCAAAGAAUCAUCCUAUUUAGAAUCAUGUUUGUCACGUGUGGAAACAGAAGUCUUCGGUUCACACAGAAUGCAUUUUUUGCAUUCCACUGUGGUGUGUUUUUAAAAUUAUUUUCCAAAGUAAACGCACUGUUGCGCCACAUCUCGUUGAUUUUUCAGCAUCCCACUUCAUGAGCGAUGCUUUUUUACAAUUUUAAAAUAAGUUAAAAUACAAGCUUUAAAAUAACGUUUAAAAUUUUCGUGAUUUUAAAUGCAAGACUCGCUUUUAUCGCUGCGCCACUUCUCACUCGUUCACUUCUCAUUCAAAUUGAUUUUGUAAUGCUCUUUUUGUUUUUAAGCCACUUUUUGUCCAUCUGCACUUUUUUAGCAUCUCACACAAUGAACACUAUAUUUUUAGGACGCUACUUCAUGUUAAACAAGCUUUUUAAAUGGAUCUCGAUGCGCCUUCCUUUCCAUUGCAAUCGCUGUUUUUGAAUACAAGUACACAUCCUGUGUAAACGGCCCCAAGGGUUUUACUUUUAAUUGAGUGAUGAUCACUCCACAUUUCAUAUGAGCUUCAUGCCUAUAUUGACAGCAAUGAAUUAUGACAUAAAUUUUUUGCCUACCUAACAGUAUUCGAUUCAAAACUAGACCGGGAAUAGUAACUUAGUUGCUGUGAAGCGUCUGCAAUGGAGCAGAUAUGAGUUUAAUGUUCAGUCAUUCUUUAACAUUCAGUGACAUUAUUUUUUUAAUAAUGAAUCCAGUUCAAUCUAUUAGAAUAAUGUUUACAUUCAGGUAUGGAACUAAGGAGUUAGUUUGGAUUUUAGUAACUUUAGUAACAUUCCAAUCAAAGGGUCCAACACAGAUCAUCUCUUUAUUGUAAAAUGUAAAGAUAGCUUGAUUUCUCAUAAGUUCUGUCACUAUAUUCAUUGUGUAAAAUCUUUUUUUUUUUGUUCAAUGUCAGAUUGGAUCGAUUGCAUGUAGAGUUGCAUUCUGUCAUACCUGAAAUUACUUGAAUUAUGUGUGCAAAAUGCUUUAAAACUCUAUUUAAAACUUAAUAGUACAGAGCACUUGCAUUUACAGACUAAAUAUUGCAUCUGAAUUGUUCCACUGAUCAUUUAUUUUUGUCCUAAGAAUGUCUUAAUUCAGAAUGCAUUUCCCCCUGUGAGCAAUCAAAGGAGGAAUAAAUCACAAGCACAUUUUAAAACUGCCUACAACAGGACAAAUUGUUAAGGCACAGGCAGGGAUCGACCUAUUAUAAACUAUGCUGUCCUACAAUCUAAAACUGUGUAACCCUAGAGAACCAACCUUGGGAGCCUAUGU